AUGGUCAACGCUCUCGACGUGCUUUCUUACCUUCCCCGAUUCCUCCGUGAGCGCAUCAUCCCAAACAUGCCGAUCGCCGAGGUCAAGAACGACCCGUCCAAGGUCCAGCUGGUGCGCCUGGGCCACGUCUACUUUGAGCACCCGGACCUCGACAAGUUUGCAAAGUUCGCCAAGGACUUUGGCUUUGUCGAGGAGAAGAAGGAUGAUGACAGAAUCUAUUUCCGCGGAUAUGGUCGAGAUCCGUACGUCUAUGUCGCGACCAAGGCGAAGUCGUCGGGAUCGGGACGCGGACGGGCCAGGUUCAUGGGCCCGGCUUUUGUCGCUAGGGACGAGAGGGAGUUUGAAAAGGCCACCAAAUUGCCCGGUGCGACGGUCAUGAGUCUCGAAGAAGCUGGAGCCCCCGGAGGCGGCCGACAGGUCACUAUCGCGCGGCCGAAUGGCACGUUCAUGCACGUUGUGUACGGCCAACAGGAGCGGCCGGUCGACGAGAACAAGGGCGUACCGACGGCGACGCACGACUCGCAGGGCCCGUUCAACACGCCCUUUGAGAAGAGACGCCUGGGCCAGUUCCAGCGGUACCACGAGGGUCCCGCGCUCGUCCACAAGCUGGGUCACUUUGGCUACGUGUGCAAGGAGUUUGACCAAGAACUCGACUUUUACACGUCCAACUUCAAUUUCGUGCAUAGCGACAUUCUGUGGCACCCGCAGUUCUCCAACAUCGACGUCCUGACCUUCAUGCACCUGGACCUUGGGAGCGAAUGGGUCGACCACCACAUCAUGUUCAUGCAGCGCGCCCCUCCCGAGGUCGCGGAGACGUACAUUCACCACAGCUCGUACGAGGUCGCCGACUUCGACACCCAGCUGCUCGGCCACCAGUGGCUGGCCAAGAAACAAUGGAAGAGCGUCUGGGGCGUCGGCCGCCAUAUACUGGGCAGCCAGAUCUUCGACUACUGGCAGGACCCCAGCGGGUUCAAGAUCGAGCACUACGCCGACGGGGAUGUCGUGAAUCAAGAUACUCCGACCAGAAGGGAAGUUGCCGGCCCCGUGUCCGUCUGGGGCCCCGAGUUUCCCAAAGAUUUUGGCGUGGAUGGGACGAAACUAGUGCCGCCUUCUUGA